AUAUAUUUUAAACCCAAGUCACACACUCACUCUCUCUCGCUUUCUAGCUCUCACGAAGCAGAUCUUGAGGAGAAGAUGGAGAGAGAAGGAGUUUCUUAUUAUCUAUGGAUCCCUUUUAGGUUCAUUCACCAAACUUUCCGAUCUCUUUUACUCAAGCUUCUCGGUUUGCGAUCUCCUUCUGAUCAUAGUUUCCCGAAAGAAGAGGAGGAGAAAGUUGAGGCUGUGGAAGUGUCGUCGAGGGGUCUUCCGGCGAAAAAGAAUGUACUGAAGAAGUCGAGAGAAAGUUCCGGCAAGCCGGGAGGCACCAACAAGAAGCCGUUUUAGUAGUUUACAAAAAAAAAAAAAAAAAAAAGAAGCCGUUUUAGUUUUUCACUUCACCUAAAUAAUAUUUGACGGAGAAAUUCUAAUUACAAUUUAAUAUUUGUAUCGUAUAAUUCUUGAAGAUUUACGACUCCUAUA